AUGUCAGAGUCUAAGAUUUCCCGUUCUUUGUUUCCUCAAUUCACAGAAGAACAACUAGAAGAAGAACCGUACGAGGUAACGUUGACAGAAAUGGAGAACAUCGAAAUGGAAGUAGCUCUCACCAUAGUGUCAGGAAGACAGCUCGAACAACCGGGAAAAAAGGCAAUAGAAACACUUCACCAACAAGAGCCACGUAACAAAGGUGAAUAUUGUAGUAAAAAUUCUGGAUCCGAUACAAUUCCCAACACUGUCACAGUUCACGAACCAAAUGCUUCAAGACUUGCGGAGGGACGGCAUCCUCAAUGA